AUGAACAUGGAUGACCAAUACUCUCAACCUCCAACGUAUACCACAUAUCUGGCCUCUGACCCCCCGCCACCUUAUAUCCCACCUUAUGUCCAGGCUACCGAGCCAGUUCGUGAUUUCAAACAGCUUCUAGUUAGCCAAAUGGAUGGGUGGCUCGAGGAGCUGAAUGAUAUAGACUGGACCGUCAAGAAUGCGCAACCGGUGCCUGAAUAUCUGCCAAGAUAUCCUGGUACUGAUGGUACAGACCAGGACCAGGAUAGUGACCUUGACUCAGAUCAGACGCUGGAUCAUGAGACUGAGUCUGAUGCUGGUGAAAACGAGGAUGAGAAUAAUGAUACCAGCCCAACCCACUCCGAUAGCAUGUCAGUUUCAUCCGAAGACCUCAGUGACGACGAAGAUGGUUGUUAUGAGGAACUGUCUGCUGUCGUGAACGGUGGUUGGGCGCGGCUGAGACGGAUCCAGGACCAUAUGGCAUCAUUCAAGCACUCGCUAUCUGAAGACUCUGAGUUCUACAAUAUCGUGCUUUGA